GCGCUCCGCUCCUCAUUCCUCUCCAACUCCCCUUCAGUGCGUUAGACACCGUUUGAGCGCGCGCACAUCCACCUCUCCUCCUGCAAUAAACCUGCAGACAAACGGACGCGCGCAGUUACGAACAAACCACUUCUUUCUCGGACCCGGGAGGAGCAGGAGUGACAGAGUCAGCUUCCAACUUGUCCCCGGCUGCCGUGUCCACCCAUGCGCGGAUUUACGCGUCUUUCCUGCGGUCAUCAUCGGAGAGACUCCAUCAGGACCAGAGUGGAGAAUGUAAAAUAAACCUUUUCAGAAAAGUUCAGAGAAAACCAGAAGAGAAGCAGGAGAAGAGAUGGAUAGACGCGCUUUACCGACGGCUUUUCUCUGCUUCUUACUUUGGGGAUUUACUGAAGGACAGUUCUUUCCAGGUGGCUGUACAUUUGAGGAGUCUUAUAGCAGCUGUGGAUACAGCGUGUCUUUAGGAACCAAUGGAUUUACUUGGGAACAGGUCAACUCCUGGGAAAAACCCACCAUGGACCCCGCCCUGCCGACUGGUUCCUUUAUGGUCGUGAACGCCUCAGGUCGUGCUUCAGGACAGAAGGCUCACCUGUACAUGCCUACCCUGAAGGAGAACGACACCCACUGCAUCGACUUCCUCUACUCCCUGUCCAGUCGGGACGGAGCGAGCCCAGGGACUCUAAACGUCUACAUCAAGGUGAACGGAGGCGCUCAGGGAAACCCGGUCUGGAACGCUUCGGAUACCGUCACUGAAGGCUGGGUGAAGGCUGAACUGGCCAUUUCUACAUUCUGGCCCAACUCUUACCAGGUCAUAUUCGAGGCGGUUUCGGUCCAAGGCCAUCCAGGUUUCAUCGCCAUCGACGACAUACGAGUCCUGGCUCAUCCUUGCCGUAAAGCUCCUCAUUUCCUGCGGCUGCAGAAUGUGGAGGUGAAUGUGGGGCAAAAUGCUACGUUUCAGUGUACGGCUGGAGGGAAGUGGUCUCAGCACGAUAAACUCUGGCUGCAGCAAUGGAACGGUAAAGACACGGCGCUGAUGGUGACCAGGGUGGUGAACCACCGACGCUUCUCUGCAACUGUGAGCGUCGGUGACACAUCGCAGCGCAGCACCAGCCGUUAUCGCUGCGUCAUCCGAUCUGACGGCGGAUCGGGAGUGUCCAACUAUGCCGACCUGAUCGUUAAAGCCCCACCGACUCCCAUCGCUCCCCCAGAGCUCCUUGCUGUUGGCGCCACCUACCUAUGGAUCAAACCCAACGCCAACAGCAUCAUUGGAGAUGGUCCUAUCAUCCUAAAGGAGGUGGAGUACCGCACCACUACCGGAAACUGGGCAGAGACUCAUGUGGUUGACGCCCCGACCUAUAAGUUAUGGCAUCUGGACCCAGAUGUGGAGUAUGAGAUCAAGGUCCUGCUGUCCAGGCCAGGAGAAGGAGGAACGGGGCCGCCGGGGCCUCCUCUGAUUACCAGAACCAAAUGUGCAGAUCCCGUCCAUGGGCCCCAGAACGUCAACGUGGUGGAUGUCCGCGCCCGCCAGCUGACUGUCCAGUGGGAGACGUUUGGCUAUGCUGUGACGCGGUGCCACAGCUACAAUCUGACGGUUCAGUACCAGUACGUGUUCAACCAACAAGAGUUUGCAGCAGAGGAGUUGAUCCAGACGUCGUCUCAUUACACGCUGAGGGGACUCAGGCCCUUCGUCACAGUCAGGCUGCGCCUGGUUCUGGCCAACCCUGAGGGAAGCAAGGAGAGCGAGGAGAUAGUCAAGCAGACAGAGGAGGAUGUACCUGGCUCAGUGCCCAUGGAAUCGCUGCAGAAUACUCCAUAUGAAGAGAAGAUCUUCAUGCAGUGGAAAGCUCCCAACGAGACAAACGGCGUUAUCACUCUCUAUGAGAUCACCUACAAGGCCCUGAGUUCCCUGGAUCCCAGCGCCGACCUCACCACCCAGAGGGGAAGAGUUUUCAAGCUGAGGAACGAGACCCAUCACCUGUUCGUCAGCCUCUACCCUGGAACCACCUACUUCUUCACCCUGAAGGCGUCCACCAACAAGGGCUUCGGGCCGCCGGUCACCACCCGCAUAACCACCAAGAUAGCAGCUCCCAUGAUGCCUGAGUAUGAAUCAGAAAGCGCGCUCAAUGAGACGGAGACGACCAUCACCAUCCUGCUGAAGCCAGCCCAGUCCAGAGGAGCUCCCAUCAGCUCCUACCAGCUUGUUGUGAAGGAGGAGAGAAAGUCUAAAAGCCGCCGUGCCGCCUCUGAAGCUCCGGAGUGUUUUUCUGCCAUUUUCAGCUUCAGGAACGCCUCCAUCCUGAACUCUGCGUACUACAUGGCUGCUGAUCUGCCGCCAUCCAGCCUCACGGUUGUGCAGCCGUUCACGGUUGGGGACAACAAGAGCUACGGAGGCUUCUUGAACCCUCCGCUCUCACCUGCCAAGAGCUACAGCAUCUACUUCCAGGCAAUGAGCAGGGCCAAUGGGGAAACCAAAAUAAACUGCGUCCGUCUGGCUCGCAAAGUGGUAAUAGGUAGGGGACAAAUAACAACGCCGUACAUUCUAGUCAUCCCCAGCGAAGGUGCCUCCACCCAGGAUUCAGACGCCAUGGAGCCAGAGAAGCAGGUGGACGGCACAGUAAAGAUGGCAGGCGUGAUCGCUGGGAUCCUCAUGUUCAUCAUCAUCCUCCUCGGAGUCAUCCUCACCUUCAAGCGCAGAGAGAUUCACACAUGGAGAACUCUGAGCGUGGGGAAGUUGGCCAAAAAGCAGAAGGAAACAGCGAGUAGCUCCACCCAGCAGAGGGAGAUGGGUCCGGUCACCACUGCUGAUAAGAGCACCACCAAAGUGAGCACCCUGCACAAAGAUGACCCUUUCUCCACCUCCAGCCCGGACCUUAAUGGCUUCACCUCCCCCUCCCCCUGCUCCUUCUCUGUGCAGGGAAGCAAGACGCUGCAGAGCAAAUCCUUGCUGAAUUCCUACUACUCAGUGUCCAAAGAACCGGUUCCAGCCACAACUUCAAUAGAUGGUAGCCAGCCGUCUCUCGCCCAGCCAUCCCUGACAAUGCCGAGUUUUCCUUACGGAGGCUGUGAGUCGGUGGAGCUCUCCUACCAGAGCGGUCAGUUCCAGGCCGGCCAGUUUCAGCCAGCUAUUCGAGUGGCAGAUCUCCUUCAGCACAUCACGCAAAUGAAAUGUGGGCAGGGAUACGGUUUUAAAGAAGAAUAUGAGGCCCUGGCAGAGGGACAGACGGCGCCUUGGGAGACAGCCAAGAAGGACGAGAAUCGCAACAAGAACCGAUAUGGCAACAUCAUCGCAUAUCCCACAGACGAUCACACCAGAGUCCGACUGCAGCUGCUGGACGGAGACCCUCACUCCGACUACAUUAACGCCAACUAUAUAGAUGGCUAUCACAGACCCAGACAUUACAUCGCAACGCAAGGACCCAUGCAGGAGACGGUGAGAGAUUUCUGGAGGAUGGUUUGGCAGGAAAACUCAGCCUCUAUCGUCAUGGUAACAAAUCUGGUGGAGGUGGGAAGGGUGAAGUGUGUUCGUUACUGGCCCGAUGAGACGGAGGUGUACGGAGAUAUCAAGGUGACCCUGAUAGAAACCGAGCCCCUGGCUGAAUAUGUCAUCCGGACAUUUACUGUCCAAAAGAAGGGCCAUCAUGAGAUCCGCGAACUUCGUCAGUUCCACUUCACCAGCUGGCCGGAUCAUGGCGUCCCCUGUUACGCCACAGGACUGCUGGGGUUCAUACGGCAGGUCAAGUUCCUCAAUCCGCCGGACGCCGGACCCAUAGCCGUGCACUGCAGCGCUGGUGCGGGGAGGACGGGCUGUUUCAUCGCUGUGGACAUCAUGCUGGACAUGGCGGAAAAUGAAGGAGUGGUGGACAUUUUCAACUGUAUCCGCGAGCUGAGGUCCCAACGGGUCAACAUGGUCCAGACAGAGGAGCAGUAUGUGUUCGUUCACGAUGCCAUCUUGGAAGCGUGCCUGUGUGGGAACACGGCGAUCCCAGUGUGUGAAUUCAGAGCGGUUUACUACAACAUCAGCAGACUGGAUCCCCAGACCAACUCCAGCCAGAUUAAAGAUGAGUUCCAGACGCUGAACAUAGUGACCCCUAGAGUUCGCCCAGAGGACUGCAGUGUGGGUUUACUCCCCCGAAAUCAUGAUAAGAAUCGCAGUAUGGACGUUCUGUCUGCCGAUCGAUGCCUGCCUUUUCUCAUAUCUGUGGACGGAGAGAGCUCCAACUACAUCAACGCUGCUUUAAUGGACAGCCACAAACAGCCCGCGGCCUUCAUCGUUACCCAGCAUCCUUUGCCAAACACCAUGGGGGACUUCUGGAGGCUGGUGUUUGACUACAACUGCUCCUCCAUCGUCAUGCUUAACGAAAUGGAUGCAGCGCAGUUAUGCAUGCAGUACUGGCCGGAGAAGAACUCGUGCUGUUACGGUCCGAUCCAGGUGGAGUUCAUAUCAGCAGACAUAGACGAAGACAUCAUCAACCGGAUCUUCAGGAUCUGCAACAUGGCUCGGCCACAGGAUGGUUACCGCCUAGUUCAGCACUUCCAGUUCAUUGGCUGGCCCGCCUACAGGGACACGCCCCUUUCAAAGCGCUCCAUCCUCCAGCUGGUGAGGAGGUUGGCCAAGUGGCAGGAGCAGUACGACGGAGGCGACGGGAGGACGGUGGUCCACUGCCUCACUGGAGGAGGGCGUUCUGGAACAUUUUGCGCCAUCUGUAGCAUCAAUGAGAUGAUCCAGCAGCAGAACAUUGUGGAUGUUUUCCACACAGUCAAGACCCUGAGGAACAACAAGACCAACAUGGUGGAAACAAUGGAACAAUACAAGUUCUGCUAUGAAGUGGCUCUGGAGGCCUUGAACUCCUUCUGAUGUGACGGCGGCUCCAACCGUCCCUCCUGCUGACGCCGCCCCUCUUCCUCAAAGCAACGCUGAGACACACAGGAGAUCGAGACGGCUUUGUGUGGAGCUGAGCUCCGUCCCAGAGUGGGUGGGUGCGUGUGUGGGUGGGUGGGGUGUGUGUCUUUUGGUAGACCUGUGACCCGAACUGUGCUGGGGGGAAAAAAAAGGCGCCAACAUACAGACUCAUUGUUUUGUGUGCAUUUGCUUCAGCAAAACCAACGGACUUUACAUGCUUGUACAAAGAGAAAUUAUGGUUAAAAAAGUUAAUAAGAUGUUUUAAAAAAGACAAUUUUUCCCCCUUUGUUUCUGCCAGGCUGUGAUGUGACUAAUGUACAGUAUUUCCUUUUUAGAUUUAUUCUGCGCCUUGAAUGUUGUCUCCUGAAGGCUCGAAGCACACUGGAAGAUUUCACACAACUCAAAAAAGACAGAUAAAAACUAAAAGCAAUCUUCAAACUGCAACAAAAAAUAUACUCUGAUUUUUCUAUAGUAUAUUUGUAAAUUGACGAAGCAAACUGUAAUCAAUGCAGCUAAACAGAGCUGCAGAUCUUAAAGAUUACGAGCGCUGAACGUGGAUAAAGACGUCCUAAAUUUGAAGGCCGAAGGAAUGAUGAAUCUGUUCUCUGGAGCUGUGGAACAAUGCAAGGUGAAUCUUCCAAUGUGCGUCCUCUGUUUCUGUAAAUAAGAUAAGACAACCACAGUCAAACAAACAAACAAACAAAC